AUGAGCAACGGCGACCUCCUUCAAAUCGAGCCGCUCGAGCUUCAAUUCCCAUUCGAGCUGAAGAAGCAGAUCUCGUGUAACAUGCAAUUGACCAACAAAUCCGAUAGUUAUGUUGCAUUCAAGGUGAAGACUACUAAUCCGAAGAAGUACUGCGUGAGGCCAAACACUGGAGUCGUGGUUCCCCACUCUACCUGUGACGUUAUGGUUACGAUGCAAGCCCAGAAAGAGGCUCCGCUGGAUAUGGAAUGCAGGGACAAAUUCCUUCUCCAGAGUGUGGUAGUCAGCCCCGGAUUGGCUGCAAAGGAUAUUACUGCUGAGAUGUUCAACAAGGUGUCUGGAAAUAAAGUUGAUGAAUGCAAGUUGAAAGUUGUAUAUGCUCCGCCCUUACAACCUCCUUCGCCUGUCCGGGAGGGAUCUGAAGAAGGUUCUUCCCCAAGGGCAUCAGUAUCGGAAAAUGAAACAGUGAAUCAGACCUCUGAUUUAAAUGCUCUGUCGAAAGGAUUUGCUGAGGCUCAGGAGAAUACAUCUGAGGUUAAGUUGAUUUCUAGGCUUACUGAGGAGAAGAAUUCAGUUAUUGCGCAAAAUCACAAGCUUCAGCAAGAAUUGGAACUUUUGAGGCGUCAAAGGAACCGAAGCCAUGGGGGUAUCCCGUUUAUGUACAUCAUCAUUGUUGGCUUGAUAGGCAUACUGUUGGGUUAUCUCUUGAAGAGAACUUGA